AUGCUUCGCCAUUCUCCACAUUUUUACACGGAAUUAACAAUUUUAAUAUUUGCAUUUGGUUGGACAUUAAUCGACGGUCGAGCGGUAUCAACAGAAGUCGAUUUAAGUUGCAAUUUUGAGAGAAAUUUCUGCCAAUGGGAAAAUGGCCGCUAUUCAGAUUCUAAAUUUGCAUGGAUCAGAAACAAAGAAAGUAUUUUCUGUGUUGACAAUUUAAAAGAUGGCUAUUACGCGUAUCUAGAGACAUCUAGUCAGUUACACGAUAACGCUACUUUGAAAAGUCCAAUAAUUCGCAGUAGUGAUAGUCAUUGUCUGCGAUUUUGGUAUAACCUGAAUGGAGCAGACGCUAGUCGACUACAAGUCGUAUCAUCUACAUCAGAAAUAUUAUGGUCGAAAAAGGGCAAUCAUAGCAAUAUUUGGCUAUUAGCUGAAGUGGACAUAUCUUCAAGAGCACAAGAAUAUAAA